GCAGGGGUGUCUGAGUUGCGCAGCCAUGGCUGGAGCUUGGGUGUGUGUUUCCCUCUUGGCUGUGGCACUGGUGUUCGCCGGCUCCGUGUGGGGCGGCGAGGACCGGCCGCGGCUGGUAGGGGCCCCGCUGGACAUCGCCAACGCCGACAACGAUGAGGGCCUGCAGCGGGCCCUGCAGUUCGCCAUGACGGAGUACAACAGGGCCAGCAACGACAUGUACUCCAGCCGGGUGGUGCGGGUCAUCAGCGCCAAGAGGCAGAUUGUGUCUGGACUCAAGUACAUAAUGGAGGUAGAGAUUGGCCGGACAACUUGCCCGAAGCCAGCCACUGAUCUCCAGAGCUGUGCUCUCCAUGAUGCACCACACAUGGCCAAGCGCACCACUUGCAACUUCGUAGUGUACACUGUUCCUUGGCUAAACCAAAUCAAACUAUUGGACAGCAGCUGCCAAUAAACCUGUCUUGUUCCAGCAGAGACCAGCAACCAGUUGCUCAGACUUAAACAAAA